AUGGAAGUCAUCCGAACUCCCCCAGCUGCUCCGCUAUCAGAUGUCUCACCACAGAACGUUUCCGCCGCAGCCGCAGCCACAUCCCGGAGUCCCACGCGCAUAGGUGCUGCGCCGUCAAAAGCUCCGGGAACCUCAACCAAAAAGGGCACAGCUGACGGAUCGGCUGGCGUGAAACCGAAACAGUCAAAGAGUCGGAAUGGGUGCGUGACUUGCAAAUCAAAAAGACUAAAGUGCGACGAGACAAAGCCAAUAUGUCGACAGUGUCAGAAAAGAAAUGUCACAUGUGGAGGUUAUAAGAAGGACUUCAAAUGGAGACCCUUUGAGGAAUCGAGUUUCGCCAAUAAGGUAUCCUCUAAAGGGAAAAAAGUAGUAGUCCCGCUGCCUCGGGCUUCAUCACUUUCGCCUACCAAUCAAGUCUCCAACACAUCUUCAAGCCCACGGAGCCCCGGAAGUCCAACCUGGCAAAUUCGGAGCAGUGAUGCACAGAACGACAGUCCCCGUUUACAUUCCGCUUCUCCAUCAAAUCCAGAUAUCGUCUUUCCCAGUCCAAGCGACGUCCUUCCUCAAAUGCCUAGCCCGCAUGAGCCUGCGCUUGAGGGACAAGACCGCAUUUUACCUCCGAGCCCACUGGAAUUUCCACUUGGCCAGUCGCCCAAUUCUAGAGAUGAUCAUCUUUCCGAUACUCAUACCAUUCACACUCCUAAUGCUUCAUUUGAUGGACAGCAAUAUGGGUCCUUUUUCCCACCUUACAUGAACGGCGAGGAUGGGGAAAUAGAAGAAGUCGUCAGGCAGACAGACCUUUGGGGUGAUCCCGUAUCUCCGUCGAUGAUAUCUCGAACAUUAUAUAAUCUCACAAUGCCAGUGGAACCCAAAUUUUCGUCUGGAAGCUCUGAGAUGCUGCUGAUGAGGUUUGACCGAAGAACCUGUGGCAUAUUGUCUGUCAAAGACGGGAUAUCUGAAAAUCCUUGGCGGACACUGGUUUGGCCCUUGGCCAAAGAAUCCCCAGCAUUGUAUCAUGCCAUUUGUUCUUUGGCCGCAUUCCACUGCAGCAAAGAAGAUCCGCAAUUGAAAGUCUAUGGGAUGGACCACAUGCGGGAAAGUGUUCGUGCUCUAGCCAUGAACAUUAGAACAAUGAGAACGGAUGCUGCUCUGGCGACCACACUCGCGCUCGCAUUUGCAGAGUCAUGGGAUAGGCAUAUAUCUAACGGAGUCCAGCAUCUCCGCGGAGCCAAAGUUCUUGUCACCCAAGCUAUGGAAAACCAGAGGCAGCUUUCAGCUCGACGCAGUGACUUCGCUCGUUUACGUUUCCUCUACAAUACUUGGGUAUAUACAGCCGUGCUAGCUCGCCUAACAUCCCUGGAGGAAACCGGGUUCGACGAUUUCCCGCUGCUUCCUGAACCAUUGCCCCAUACCCGCGUUCAUGAAAUAGACCCUCUACUUGGUUGCGCCGCUACGUUGUUCCCUCUGAUUGGCCAAGUUGCCAAUCUUGUUCGGAAGGUUUGCAGUACUAAAACUAAUUCUAUCGCCAUAAUAUCACAAGCAAUCGAAUUGAAAACUCUAAUCGAGCAGUGGGAGCCUCCUAAAUACUUCGAGCCGCCGGAAGAUCCAACCUCUGAUGUCCAACAUAGCUAUCAAACCGCUCAGGCGUACCGCUGGGCAACAUUACUGCAUCUCCACCUCGCAGUUCCAGAGAUUCCAUCAGAACCUGCAAGUGAACUUGCAAAACGAGUUCUUGUUCUAUUAGCGACAGUCCCCCUCAGCUCUAGGGCAAUCGUCGUGCAAAUUUUCCCCCUUUUGGCAGCAAGCUGCGAAGUCGAUAAUGAGGAGGAUAGAACCUGGGUUCGAGAACGUUGGGCGGCAAUGCAAAAUAGACUAAUGAUAGGGAACAUUGAUCGCUGCCUGGAGGUUAUCCAUGCUGUCUGGUCCCGCCGUGACGAAUAUAACUUGACAAAGCUCAGAGGCCAGCAAGUUUCCUAUGUCAUCCCUCUAGACCCAACGCGAAGAGGGAAUAUCCAGCAAGGUAGCGCUAUUGAUGACGACUAUCCCGAGGCUUUAGAUCUAUUCGACGACCAAGGAAGGCGGCAGUCGGUACCGGACAUAAGUAACUUGAGCUUUGGAUCCCCCAUUUUGUCCUCGCCUAUCCCUGUUCCAGUAAGGAAAGGAUCUAUGCAUAUGCCACUGGAAGGUUUGGAGUUUGAGAAAACGGUUCGAGGAAAACUACACUGGCUAGGAGUUAUGAGGGAUUGGAACUGGGAAGUGCUGCUGGGAUAG